UCGUAAGACAAAAUUAAGACGUGAAAAAUGCCAAUCCCAACUCCUUCUUCGCCAGUUCUUCUCUCCAAAUGCGUUGUGUUCCCCGAUCAACCCUCCGCCCUGCCGGACCUGAAACUCUCCGUCUCCGAUCUCCCUAUGCUCUCAUGUCACUACAUCCAGAAAGGCUGCCUCUUCACUUCCCCUAAUCUCGACGAUAUUUCCGUUCUCGAUCUUCUCAAACGCGGUCUCGCAAGAACGCUCUCUCGUUUUCCGCCGCUCGCUGGACGUUUGGUCACCGAUCACGCCGGUUACGUCUACAUCGAAUGUAACGACGCAGGCGUGGAUUUCAUCCACGCCAAUGCCGGUGAGUUUUUUGUUCGUGACCUUCUCGUUCCUGGCUAUGUUCAUGAUUGCUUCAAGGAGUUUUUCGCUUUCGAUCGAACGGUCAGUUUCUCCGGCCAUUUUAACCCAAUCAUGGCCGUCCAGAUCACCUUCCUAGCUGACGGAAUUUUCAUUGGCUGCUCCGUCAACCACGCCGUCACUGACGGCACCUCCUUUUGGAACUUCUUCAACACCUUCGCAGAGGAAUGUAAAGCCGAUAAAUCGACAACGACGAUGAAAAGAAUCAGCAUCACUCCUUCGCCGAACUUCCGCCGAGAUUCCGUUCUGGUAUCUCCGGCCGUUCUCCGUCUUCCGGCAAGUGGCCCUAAAGUCACGUUCUCCGGCGACGUACCGUUACGCGAGAGAAUAUUCACUUUCAGUAGAGAGGCAAUUUUGAAACUCAAAGCUAAGACGAACCAAAAGAAAUUAAUGGAUAACGGAGAUAUAACGGUAACGGCGGUGGAGAUAAUGGGGAAGCAAAGUAAUGAUAAGUACUGUGAGAUUAACGGAAAAGUGGGGUCCAUUUUCGAGAGCAUGUACAAAAACGACACCGUUACGAACCAACACGCAAAUUGCGAGGAGAUCACAGUCACAACAAUAUCGUCGUUUCAGUCUCUGUGCGCCUUGUUAUGGAGGUCGGUAACGCGAGCGAGAAAGCUCCCGCCGAAUAAAAUGACGACGUUUCGUAUGGCGGUGAAUUGCCGGCACCGGCUGGAGCCGAAGUUGGAUCCGUACUACUUUGGCAACGCGAUUCAGAGCGUUCCAACGUACGCCACCGCCGGAAACGUUCUUUCUCGGGAUCUGCGGUGGUGCGCUGAGCAGUUGAAUGAGAACGUGAUGGCGCACGAUAACGGAAUGGUGCGGCGGUUCGUAGAGGAUUGGGAGGGAAAUCCGAGGCUCUUUCCGUUGGGGAACGCCGACGGGGCGUCAGUUACGAUGGGUAGUUCGCCGAGAUUUCCGAUGUACGAGAACGAUUUCGGGUGGGGACGGCCGUUGGCGGUGAGGAGUGGGCGGGCGAAUAAGUUUGACGGUAAAAUAUCGGCGUUUCCGAACAGAGAGGGUGGUGGAAGUGUUGAUUUGGAGGUGGUUUUGGCGCCGGAAACAAUGGCGGGAAUUGAGUCUGAUUGGGAAUUCAUGCAAUACGUAUCGUGGAAGUAGAAGGUAAAAUUAAUUAAAUUUCGGACGCCAUAGCUACAUGGAAGUGUAGAUGUGAAGUUAGUUUUAUGUGAAAUAUUGAAAUCUAAUCUGAUUUUCGAUC